AUGGGAAAUUUACUACCUCUAGAUGGCUCUAAAAAGCAGCAAAUCGAAGGUAAGGUUCUUGCUUACUGUUUCGAACGAACCGGGAAAUUGCUUUCCAAUAGCCGUGAGGUUUCGCCUCUUACUGACGCACUGGAGAGCAUUUUGGAUUGCAUAGGUGCAUGUCGAUUACUGGUGCGGGCUUCAUUAGAUUUGAACGUCAUUUUCUAGGUACAAGCUGAAUUAGAUCUGUGUAUAAAAAAACGUACUCUCUAUUCUCCAUGCUGUCUUUGUGGACUAUUGACCCUCCCAACCUUGUUAUGAACCUGACACUCUACAUGUACAUGUACGCAACACUUGCAUUUUCUCAUUAGAUAAGCUUACUUUUAACUUUACUCAGUUAAUUAACUAGCUAAUUCUAGCGCAAGUUUGCAAUAAGGGUAGGCAAUAAUAAUUAUGCACAUGGCUCAAUUGAGGGGAUUAAUCUACAUCUAUAACAGUUUGGCAUAUCAUUUGCGUCUAAAUGCUUUGCUUUUGUGUUGAAGCUAAGCUUUUUUUCUGUGGUUGGGAAAGAAGCCUUUUAAAAAUAAAUGGGAAGAAUAAAUGGAUAGAAUGCUGCUGCCAAUUAAGCCUGUAUGAUUAUUAAAAAAAAAUGCAUAGUUUUCAGGAAAAAUCUUGAAUAUGAUAAUCCUGCUGUCUUUCCAUAAUUGCUAAUGUGCUGAAGAGGGUGAGACAGGGAGGGCUGUCUCCUCAGGAAAGUGUUGCAAUAAUCUCUGCAAACAUCUGCAACACCCUAACCCUACCCUUGUGGAAAGAAUGACAUAUUAUAUGCCGUUACCUAUAAUGUAGAGUACUGCAAAACAAAGAGCUGGAGGUUUUUGGAGAGCCUCUGUUCCUUUUAAAAAGAGACCAAAAAGGCCAAUUACAGAACAGCAAUUUCCUCUCAUUCAUUUAUACAUUAUUUUCCUUUUUGUUUCCUUUUUGUAUGAAACUGGGUGUUUUCACCCACUUCCUGUCAAUGAAAAUGUUCACUUUAUUUCCCCUGCUGUUCAUCAUGCUAUUGUCUCAAAAGGAUAAUGUUUGAUAAUGUCCUUUUUUAGGCAAAAAAAUGAUUGUACCUGUAUGUUCUUUUGUGUAAUAGUUAUUCAUAUUGGGUCAAUUUAAAAAAAAAAAACAAAAAAAAAACAAUUACAUCAUCCACAAAUUUACCCUUUUUCAGACAUUGCAGAGGAAUUUCUUAAGGAGUUCACAAUAGCCUACAAUACUGCCUAUGGAGUUGAAUACACAAAGAAAACCUUGAAGGAGAUAGAUGCUGAUUCAUUUGCAGAGGAAAAACCUGUUUACAAAUUAUCACACAGACCAGUAAGUACCGGUAAAUAUGGAUCAGUGGCUACUCAGGGGCAGAUCCAGGAUUUUUUUUUAGGAGGGGGUGCACUCGUCUCUUGCUCUACUUCAACACCAAUAAACCAGAAUACCAGUUGUAUUAGAAAACCGCAGGUCACCUCAUGGGGAGGGGGGGUGCGCACCCCCUGCACCCUCCCCCUAGAUCCGCCCCUGCUACUUACAUGUAGGUGUUGCAUUCUAUCAGAAUCAAACAUUUUUUGGGUUUUUUCAUGUUCUACAUACUGGGGAAAAAUGUCUUUGGUUGGUUUGAUUGAUCAACUUUAAAUUUUAACUAGGUGGCGCAUUAUUUUUCAAGUGUUGCUGUCAUUUUUGCACAAAUUUCAUGCAUAAAAAUUUGUUUACCCAAGCCUCAUGAAAAACUUGUCAACGAUGCAACAAUGCCGGUCAAAAGUACCUCAUAAAUAAAACAUGAAAAGAAACAAUGUUUCAAAGUUUUCAGUACAUUCUCUGCUCCAUAGAUUAAAAAAGUGUUAUCCUGGGAACUCGAACAAAAUCAACCAAAACUGGUAUUGGUUUGAUAAAGUGAUAAAGUGGUUGAUCCCAAUAGAACAUGACCCUAUACAACUGUGUAUGUUACAGGUCAAAAUAAGAUUCAGGUUAAAGUUUUUUUACCCAGAUUGAUUGUCAAUUUCCUCGAUCAAGGUAGGUUUAAAAAAUUUAACCUGAAUUUAAUUUUUGCCUGUAACAUAUAUGUCAUGUAUAUAAUUUUUAAGUGAUGUUGAAGCUUUUGAUGAUUAAUCUCAAUUGCAGGCAGUGAUUGAUAUUAGCUACAAUGAAGGACAAAAGUGUUGAGACACCUCAAUAAAAUAGCCCCUUUUUGAACAGUGGAUAUACCUACCCCUCCCCCUGUGUAUCCCCACCUCCUCCCCCCAAAACCAAUGUUGCAUUUUAGACCCUCAAGUCUUUCUUUUACCACAAACAACAUUGAUUUGGGAACGGGAGCAUAAAUUUACAGUGUUUAAAUAGAAUGAAAUAAUAAAAUGUAUAAAAUUGUUGAUAAAAGCACCUGUUUUAGACAAGUGUGUCAACUGCUUUCGUCCCUGAUUGUAGGUCAUUUAUAGUUGUAUUUGUAAUUUUGAUAGUGGGACACCUUCAAAAGUCCUCUAAAGAUGGGAUACCUUACAAAGAAAGGGGCAGUGGUCAAGAACUGGAAGAGGCGUUACUUUGUAGCCAAACCUGAUUAUUCAGUAGACUAUUAUGAAAGUGAAGAGGUAAGUAUAUUCCUAAACAAAGAAUUCAAGAAGAAAUCUUUGGCUUGUCUUUUGAAAUCUGUGCUCAUUUUGAUCUUAGAGGUUCAUGGCCUAUGAAUAAUCCUGGCGCUUCACAGCGUAAGAGUCUAAUGCACUUAAAUUAAUAAAAAGUUGGCAGGUAAAAGGUAUAUAUAUGUAUUAGGCUGAAAUGGAUUCAACUUGGUUUCACUAUCCUCAAUGAAAAUAAAAUUAUGAAAUUAUUUAUAAUCAUGAAUAAUUAUCAUAAGGGCCAGGAGGCAGAGGAAAUUAAGAGUCGAACUAGUCAAACUAGGUUAAAAUCAUUUUAUCCUGAACUUUAUUUUAAUGUUAACAUGCAAAGCUUAUUGGAGCUUCUAUGACUGCGUGCAUACCGUAAAAUUCCGAAAAUAAGCCCCUCCACAUAUAAGCCCCUCCAAAUAUAGGCCCCCCAAACCUGUAACGUAAAAAAACCCUCCGUUACAUGGCCCCUCCAAAUAUAAGCCCCCAGGGGCUUGUAUUUGUAAAUACAAAGUAAAACAAAGCAAAAACGGUAAAUUUACUUCCAACUAUAUGGCUAGCCCAAAUAUCGAUUUUGAAACGCAAAUUUCCCUCCGUAGAUAAGCCCCUCCAAAAAUAAGCCCCUCAAAAAGGGCCUUUGAAAAAUAUAAGCCCGGGGGCUUAUUUUCGGAAUUUUACGGUAUUUUAUUUGUAGUAAAGUACAUGCAGAAGUUUGCUUACCUCUGAAAGUGGUACAAAUUAUUUUUGUAAUACAUGAAUACAGGCAUAUGAGAAAGGUUUCAAACCUAAAGGCACCAUCUUUCCCUGUGGAUAUGAGGUUAAUGCUAAUGUUGAUGAAACGAUGGCUGAGAGGCUCAAGAAUCUUGCAAAAAUGAUGGGUACGUGGAUUUUAUAGCUCUUUGAAGACGUGAAUUAAUUAAUGAAUAUGUUAGUUUGCUAGUGAGAGUGAUUGAGUGAGGAAAGGAGCAAAAUGAGAAACAAAUUAGGAUUGAGCACCAAGAAUCAUUUACCAAUAUUCAGUUCAGCUAGAAUCACCUAGCCUUUUUGCAGACAUCUCCUAUUUCUCUUUUGCUUGUGGAAAAGAGUGGUCCCUAGUAUGUAUUCAACAAAGGAAACAGAAGAGGAAACAGGCUAGAGUCACUAAGAUGUAACUAGUAAUAGUUAAAACUACAGCUGCCCCCGCUCUGUAUUUUGUCAGUCAGUACAUGUAGUAUUCUUGGUCGUUGUGUAGCCCUUUGAAAUAUACCAAUUCAUAAUGAAGAUUUUCACACAUUUUCCAUACAAUAGGUGAGAUAGAAACAGGAAAUGCAAGGUUGCUUGCAUUGAUUCAGUUUGAUUUACACAGCUUUGAUCAAAACAUUCUCGAUUUCGAGAAUAGUUUAUUCUAAACCAUUUUUGUACAGUUCAUUUUAUUUGUUGGAGAGUAAGCCUUAGAAAUUCAAAGGUUUGAUCAAUUCAUGCUCGUGCAUUCUAGCCUUUUAUUGAACAUUAUAGAAGGACAUUCUGUGAGUAUAGCUAAUACACUGUAAGUCAGCACAGAAUUUAAUUGUCGGCAAAAUUUCUGUAUUCGUCCAUUGUUCUGCUAGUGAUAAGCUAGCCGUUGAUUCACUUGUCUUGCUUGUUUGUGAACUGAGUCUUAUUCUGCAAAAUCCCUAUAGGGGCAAUAAUACAUGUACUAUUAAAUUGUCAUUAAAGGCUUUUAAUGCUCUGUUUACUGACUUACAAAGCAGAUGAGAUGCGAUUGGUAACUUACUUUUGAGCGGUACUGUAAUUUCUUUGUGUUACAAACAGUCUCGUGACUGAGCACACGUAUAGUAUCACUUCAAUUAUAGAUUUUUGAUUUUUAUUUUGUUAGGAGUGGAUGAAAACGAAGUAGGAGCUCCAGAGAAGUUACCAGAACACACUUUUGAGGUGGGACAUGAUAGGAGAAGGUCUUAUCUCAUCACAGCUGAAAAUGAAGAAGACAAACAAGCCUGGGUGGAAACUUUUAAAGUUUGCUGCAGAAAAGCGAAAGGUAAGGUAUACUGUAUUUACUCUAAUAAGUACCACAGCGUUUAUUAAAUUUUUCACUCUUCAAAUGUGACACUAGUCUUAUUCUGGGGCGUUGUUUAAUGAUCGAAAGUUGGAUGCUACAAAGCAUCGUUUUAACUACCAAUGUUAUUAUCAUUUUUCAUAUUAAACUAACAGAAUUGGCAUCUUUUGGCUUCGAUUAUCAGGCCCACAGCACUUAACAUUAUUAUUUUUUGGUUCCAAAUGCAGUGCUUACUCAAGGGUGACACUUAUUUGAGUAAAUAUGGUAGAUCUAUUGUUACAAUUACACAAACAGUGAAAAGUCAUCUUAAUGGUGUUACACAAAAGUCAGUGUUGAUAGUAGAGUAAAUGAGUAAAGUAAACAAGUUGUCUAAACUUAACUUAGAGUCUGAUAAUAACAUGUACAUAAGAAAUAAGUGCCCAUAGUGUCCACAUUGAUGAAGCCCUGUAAGGGUAAAAUUCCAACAAAUGACAUGACUUUGAAAUGACAACGUAAGACAAAUUAAAAUAUAUGGCAACAAACAACACAAAGGUGGGUUAAAGCUGCAACAGCGACAAAGACAAAAGCAGAAGCAAUAGAAACAUGCAGACAGUUACAUGGCUAAUUCUUCCUCAAGACAGUUUGUGAAGUGACAGGUUUUGAAAUUCUGAAUACAGACAUGCAUACCCACCCCAAGAGGGCCUCAUUAAUAGAGAGGAGAAGUCAUUACGUCACAUUGCCGUGGUAGCAAAAUUUUUAGAUGACAACAAACUGAAAAUUCACUAUAAAAGUAAAUUCACACUGUUUCAAACUUCAUCGAUCUUAUUCAUUUUCAUUUAAUUUGUCAAAAUUAAUGUUGGCGAAAUUAUCUGGAUUAAAUCCGAAAGGACCAUAUCUGAGGGCUUUCUUUUCCCAAGGACAAAGCAAAUUGUUGGAAUUAUUAUACAUGGUGUCCAUAUAAAGCGCGUUUGAUUCAGAGAAAAUGAAAGGGCUUUCUUUCCCCGGGGACAAAACAAACGUUCCUUAAUAGUGAGGUGCCCUUAUUAAGUGGAUAUUGUCCGAAAGGAGGAUUUGAUUGUAUUAUAACUUGUUUUGUUACAGGACUGAAGAGUGAAGACCCAGUUGGUCGUGCAGCUUUCAAGACUGCUAUCUGGAAAACAUACUGGAGACACAGGGUUACUGGCACUGAAGAGCAGGUUGGUAAAAAAAUAUGGCUAUAAAUAUUUUUAAGCGAUGAAAACAGAUAGACAAUGAUUUAAUUUUUUUAGGUAUAUCCUAUCCACUUUAUGUUUCUACCAUCUACAGUAUGCUGGGCUUUGAGUGGAUGAAAGCCCUUAGCCAGAGGAAAACUUCUUGAAGCAGUGGCAAGGGCAAACAAGUUGAACAAAGUCAGCCCUUAUAUAGAGCAUCAGCUCUGUGAUUUGCACCUAGUAUAUGCAAUUUAGGCUGCCACAUUAAUCUUUGACUCCAAACUAUUUCCCCUUGCCAUGUUUUGACAGGAGUUUACCUACACUGUAUGGUCAAACAAUGAACAUGUUUAUUAAUGAGUCGUAACUACUGAAAGAUGCCCACCAACUAGGGACUUUAACUUAUUAUGUAACAGUAAUAAAUUGAAGAUUAAUGAAUAAAACACUAGUAAAUAUUAGUCUUUAUGCAAACUAAGCAUGAAUCAGGGCCUCAAGCAUCAGACAAUUGCCAGAUUCUUCACAAGAUUAAUUCAUCUGAAAGCCAACAAGUUCCUCGUUCCAUUAUUUCUCUUUAAACAAGAUUUUAUAGCAAAGUUAGGUCCCUGUUAUUUUUCAAUGAUUUGGAUUAUAGGAUGGCCCAAAAAUAUAAUUGUGAUGGAAUUGGCCAAAAUCUAAUGGUAUUGAUUACAAUGUAUUUUUGUCUUGGGAAAUUGGAACCUGUAAGCAAUAUGACAUGAUGUGAGAUGUAUUCUCUUCAGGUUCUAAGUGACAUCCUUGUUGACAGAAUCAAUUACCGCGUGAUGACUUCUGUGUACUAUGAAAUUAAAGGAGGCUGGACAUUGAGGCAAAAGAUCAGAGAACAAGUAAGCUAUUUUAUUCUAUUUUUUGACAAAAAAAGAUCACAUACAUGUACUGCAGUAAACUUAUGGAUUACAAUGGAUUCCUCAAUUUGUAGAAUCUUCCGUUAAUGUGUGCAUGUGUAUAAGAGUUACUUGUGUAUUAUUGACUCAUGUAGGUUGUCAAGACACUUGAUUCUCUUGUGAUGGCCAUGGUGAUACCAUCCUGGAAAGGGAUGCAGGAAUCUUCACAACAGAUGAAAACUGUUCUGGAACCAACAAUCAAAGACAAGAAAGAUGAACUGGCAGCAGUACAGCGCAAAGUCAUGUGGGAUUUAUCAGGUAAGCAAUGAUAUAGACUAUUUAUAAGCGGCCCUUUUUAGUUGUUCUAGAGGGUCACGCGGUGAAUUACACGUCCGCUGUAACUACAAUUGGGACGGUUUUUCUUGGUCCAUUUGAAGAAGAUCGGAAGAAGACAAUUCAAAUUUUUGUUGAAGCCACACUGACAACUUAAAAGGGGUAGUUGUUAGGCUGGAUCUCUGAAAAAGGUGAUUAUAGUUUUCCUUUGAAGAAAGUGUCUUCUGCCCCCAAGGUGUUUUUAAUCAUUGUUUAUUUUUCACUGUGAUUAGAAACCAGUGUACUUGAUGUAAUAUUAACAGCAGUUGAGGUAAUUUUAAAAACCUUGCAUUGCAGAGACUACGCGUCCACAUGUUCGUAUCUGAUUUUUUAAAAUGUUGAUCCUACUUUUUUCUUAGAACUGUUGAAAAGCACGAUGGAAAAGUACUUAACCGACAUGGAAGACACAAUGAAAGAGAUUGUCGAACUUCUUAAACCCAAGGUAGAGUGGCCUUCUUUUUUCUUCCAGUUGCAGUUAACCCUUUAAGCCCCAAUAUCCACAAACAAAUUCUCCAAACUGAUGUCUAUACAUUUCCUUACAGAAUUAGUUGGGAGAAAUUGAUAAAAGAUCAGGGAUUUUUCUCUUUGUGAUCAUUUGAUUAAUUCUCAUAGAUGUUGCACUUGACAAUCUAUGGAUAUUUUUAGAAGAAAAUUGAUGUUGGUCAAAUGAAUGUUGAUGAUGAAUGUUGAUGAUUGAUGAAUGUUGAUGUUGGUCAAUUGAUGUUGGUCAGGGUUAAAAUACAAGGGUACCGCAGAUGUCCCAAGAUUACUACCAUUUCUAUUCAGUAUUUUCAACCAGAGUUUUUUUUGGUUUAAAAAUGAUGUAAGGGAAAGCUUUCAUCAUCUUUUUUUCUUUGAUUUGUGGCAGAUGGAGCAGGGCUUGACAGAGUUAAGAAAAAUCUUCAUCAAGACAGUUGACAAAGUCAUUGAGGAAGCUAAGAACACAAAUGAAGUCGAAGCAUCUUUACCUUCGGUAUGAAUUUAAUAUGCUCUUACGCUAAUUCGUAUCUUUUAUCCGGGGUUCCAGCCUCGCCCGUCGCGUUGUUUCCUUAGAAAAGGAACUUUAUCUACUUUGUCUCUCUUCAUCCAGGUGUAUAAAUGGGUACCUGCGACAUACUGGUGGGGGGUAACCCUGCGAUGGACACGCAUCCUGUCCAGGGGGGGGGGGGGGGUGGGUAGCAAUACUCUUAGGCAUGCUUCAUGCUAAGGAAACCGGGAUAAGCUUCAACUGUUUGGGCCUUUGGCUCGUGUGCGCCUUUAUCUUGACCUACUUCAUAUCUUGGUGCAUGCUUUUAAUUUCCACAGUAAUAAAGACAAAUGUCAGACAUACGUUAGAUGCUCAAUACUUGUACACUGCAAUUAUUUUUGUCCCUUUUUUGUCAUAUUAUGUCAUCAAAUUGAACAAAGAAAUGAACUAAUAUAGCUACAGUCGAAUCCUCUCUAUCGACACUCUCUUUUAAAAUACGGACACCCGCGUAUAACGGACAGUUUCGUUUGUCCCGACGAAAAGCCUAUAUAUUCUCUCUUAAAUAUACCCGCUUAACACGGACACUAAUACGAACACUAUGAAUUUAUUUUUCUUUUAGUUCUUUAAAACUUUGGACUAUGCUCCUCGUUCGGCUUCGAAACUGUAUGAUGCUGUCAAGUGCGUUGCCAGUGCUAGUGAUUUGCGUAAAUUUGAUGACCGCAUUAACAAGCUGAAUGGCCAUAUAGUGAGAGACAUUGGAAGCGAUGCACUCGCUCAGGUGAGUGUCUUAGAUUAGCCUGUGCCAGGCUCUGGGUCAGUGUGGACGAGCGAAAAAAGCGAACGAGCAGUGAAAUAGCGAACAAGCGAAAAACGGCGGGAAGAAAGAAGGAGAGAACCUGUAAGAAUCUUUUCAAAUACGUCAAUACUUUUUUCCCGAUAGUAUGCAUUUUCGACUCUUAAUUUUAAUUUUACUCCUUCUUGAUGAAGCUAACUCAAACCCAAGUCUGCUAUAAUUACAAUUACAUGUAGUUGUUGAAAAACGUUGCACGAAUUGAUGCUAUUUACUGUGUGCGCAUUUCAUACAAUGUAUAAGUUUUGCCAUGUUGCGCGCCAAAAUAACGUUUAUAACCCUACAUAGGUUAUGUAGCCAUUUUUAUUGCUGUGUUGCUUUCCUCUUUCAGCUUCUGGAUUCAGCGAUGUUUACUUUUGAGGAGCGUUUUAAUGAAGGAAUCACUGGCACCGAUGCUAAAACAAACGGCCAAACUGCAGCGGAUGUCAUGAAAGUAGUCAAAGAAGAAGUUUUGUUGGUAAGAACGCAUAUGUGUACAGCAAGAAUGACAAAAAAGGCAUGGCCUAGAAUUAGGGUGCCAAUGGAUACUGUAGCCUGCAUGUGUGGGUAGCGUUCGAAGGGGAAGGGGAGGGGGAUUACAAGGCCUAGCAUGCAGGCUAUAAAUACUAGGAAGGGGUAAAGCUAACCCCUGUUCCCUAGGGAGCAUAGUAUAAAGAGAAGGGGGCAGAGGCUGUUCACGGGUUAGUGCGAAGCUGGGUCUAGCAAUUAGGGAAUUUCCUCAUAAAGUUUUGUUCACUUUCCUUUUCAUUUCUUUCAUGGACUCUCAUGCAGCCGUUCUACGUGUCACGACACGCGAGCAAAGCGUGACGACUCAAAAGGACAGAUUUUUAGGGAAUUACUCCUUUCACCCCCCCCGCCCCCUCAAUAUUUCCCUUCCUGUGUGUGAUGUAUUCCGCUACAGCUACCUUCGUAGUCUUAUAAACUAUACAUCAUCAUGUACAAGCAUGAAACGGGUUUGUAAGAAAGGAAUACAGUCUUUUCAGCUGGAAUUUGAACGUACUAGUUUUCCCCGUUACACUGCUCGUUUCGCCACCUUACUAUUCUGCUCCAUAAUGUUUGUGUGCUUGUGUUCAUGUCAUUGUUACCGUAUGCUUUGAUCAACAGAAAUUUGAUGUAGAUCAGAAAGUCGCUUUAGACGAAUAUCUGAUGAGCGCAAUGAUGAGUAUGCUCGUACCUCACACGCACAGUCUCGCUGAUGAAAUCUGCAAACCGGUAACAUUUCACUUUAUUUGUUACUGACGGCUUUUAAUUGAACCUUCUCUAACUCUAAGGGUUUUUAUUCACAUCCUCAAGUUGUAGUAUACGUUCUUCGUAAGAUGAAAAAAGGGAAAAGAAAAAAUGGGAAAAUGAAAUAAUGGGAAAAAGCGCUACACGACGUCCUAUACUUCAAUUUCUUACUGAAGACUUGUGAAUGAACCUUCAAUGGUAUCAAGUACCUCUCUAACCCAUCUGUGUUUAUUGACGUCGUUGCGUUGCAGUGCACGUCCUUAUCGUCAUAGACGGCUGACUCCAACUUUUUAGACUCUCCCUGACUCCAACUGUACAGAUCUACGAGAUUUAGCCCUUACUGCAACUUGCCGGCAUAGUGGUUUCAAAUUCACCGAGGGGUUGGGCGUCGAGCGUCGGGCGUCGGGCGUCGGGCGUCGGGCGUCGGGCGUCGGGCGUCGGGCGUCGGGCGUCGGGCGUCGGGCGUCGGGGUUUAUAGCGCUGGGAAGACGGACACUAUUUUCUCUCUCUCUCUCUCUCUUCCUCCCAACACUCUUCCUUCUCGCCUACUUCCAUGCUAUAAAUUUUCUCAACAGCACUACUCUGAUCCUCAAACAUCCGAUGAAUUUAUUGUCUUUUUCGUUAAACUUGUUACAGAUGAUCAAACCUGUGGAACAGAGUAUCCCAGACCCCCUCCGUCAGGCUAUCUCACUCAGUGACAAGUAUGACACAUAUGUCGAGACCAGCAUCCGGGACACAAUCAAGAAAGGUGAGCUGCUGCUAUGUGUGGGGCCUGGGCGUUCCUUUCUCAGAAUUUUCAUUUCCAGUCCUGCUCACACGGCCGAACAAAACACGUUUCUAACGGAAAGUCACGUUAAUUUUAAUGCCCAAAAAAUCCAUCCACUUUUUUGUUGUUUAGACAGUCCAGAUCUGGCCCUUCUCUCUCUGUCACGCAACGCCGGCCUCCCUCUUCCGGCGUUGUGUGACAGAGAGAGAGAGAGAGAGAGAGAGAGAAGGGCCAGAAAUGGACUAUUUUUUAGAAGGCCAAACAGUGAAUGAAUUUCAGUACAACCCUUGUAUCAACCACAUUCAUAUAACGUGGUUUAAACUUUUAAAUCAACUCCCUCUUGUCUUGUCUCUAUUUGAGGGUUUGUACCGAAUGGGAACUAUGGUGGCUCACUCAGCAUCAUAAGUAAGUGUGAGUACGGUGACAUUGAAUGCCCAAAAGAAUUCGUAAAAGAAUUGGAAUUAAUUGAAUUUAUUUGGAACAAACAUUAUCCGAUUAGCUGAAAUUUUGCUUGUCCAAGGGGAUCAGGAUGAAGGGUCUUUUUCGCCAAAUUUUUAGUUUGCCUCCCUCCAAAAAAAUCGUUGAACCUGUCUUUCGUGUUUUGGUUCUAAAUUUCCGUUCUUCCCUUUUGGCAGUUUGUGGUGUCGGAAGAGCCUCGGCGACCCAAGCUGAAGCUAAGAAGGAACCCACUACAGAACCGGCAAAGUCUGAGGAACCCAAAGCCGAAGAAACAGCGAAAGAAUCCGAACAGAAACCGAGCGAACCUAAAGCCGAAGAAACAGCGAAAGAAUCCGAACAGAAACCGAGUGAACCCGAAGCCGAAGAAACAGCGAAAGAAUCCGAACAGAAACCGAGUGAACCCGAAGCCGAAGAAACAGAGAAAGAACCUGAACAGAAACCGAGCGAGGAACCAAAAGCCGAAGAGAAGUCGAGCGAAGGCGGAGAAAAACCGGCAGAGCCAGAAGGGGAAACGGAAGAACCGAAAGCCGAGCAGACAACUGAACUAUAAAAAUGAAUUUGUAAAGAACCUAUCUAAAGUGCCCUGAUUACAUGAGACCAACUUAGAGCUGUCCAUAAAACCGGGCUGAGCAAAUAAUUUCACAGUGUUUGCUUCUGUUCAGAGGAAACCAGGAAACGGGUCCGGCGUCAAACUCUUUUGUCUUCAGUGGUCUUAACAAAAGGGGCAUUUCGUUCGAAGAAUGAAUGUUGAGUUGUUUUAAAGUUCCGUAACUCUCGCUUUCUGCUUUGUAAGUGGCUCGUGUAAUUGCCUCAUCUUCAAGAUUCUCAAGUAACCUCCUUUUCACCGGCCAAGGACGUAUUGUUGGUCUCGUGCAUGCAGGGCCUACAUCAUUUUAUUAAAAAAGUAGUUUUAAACUUGACACGACAUCGAUGGCAACGCGAACGUCAAAAGAGCAAGACCGUCGCUGCAUGACUACUACGUGGAGGACGUAAACACGAGGAGGAAAGGUUUCUUAAGCUUUCUGAAUUUUAGGGUGCCGUUCUUAGAAAUUCUUUCACAAGAGGAUUAGCUUAGCGAGUUGGAAUGCCGGUAACCGUGAUGAAGUUUGAAAAGGAAUUUACUAUAUAAGUGACGUUUUUUUUCUGCCGUCGUGGUCGUGGUAUUUUAAUAGUUAGCCAAUAGGGUGCUCGACACAUAUUUUAUCUUAAACUUACGAAAAAAAGAGGAAAACACCUUCAAAGAAAAGGUUGAAGGAAGUUAUCUAUACAGACAAUCUCCGGAUUCGUGAAAUGGUACAUGUAUAAACAGCAAAAAGCAGAAUAUGGUACGUAUUCAAUUGUCCAUUGAAAGGUAUUUUUGAAAUUUUUGAAAGGUAUUUUUGUGUAAUUUUUAAAAUGCUUUUUUUAUAGUUUUAUAGAGCUACAAGUGGAACUUUUGUACAAAGGGAACGUUUUAUAAAUUUACAUAACUUUGUAUUACGUGACUGUUGGGACGUUUAUCCCAACGUUGCUUUCCUUAUAGUAAAUGACAAUUCAACCUCAACUCAUUCAAUUAUAUUAUUUGGCUAAUGUAGACUGCUGUAUGUUGUUAAGCAAACGCUACCUUUUCAUUUUAACCCCCUUGGAUAAAACGGCUCCCAUUUCGACCGUCUUUGUUUAAAAAAAAUCGCAAAGAAAUCUCUUUCACGUCGCCUUAAUUAAGUGUAUGAAGUAGAUUUAUACUUUUGUGAAAUAUAUUUUCCACAAUGUGUGUUGGUGUUCCAUAUCUCAUAAUGUUAAAAGAACUCCACCCCCAAAAAGAAAAGAUGAAGUUUUUAUGACUAUUCUAAUCUUCCGAGUCUACAUUAUAUUUGGGAAGAUAUUAAGACAUUUUACAAGACCUCCUGGAUAAAGUUAAUCGGGUAGAAACCUCUUAUUUAUACCCUUAAAUGGACCAAGCGGAACAUGUUUAUAGUUGUAGCCGGUACCCCAGGUCAUGAUUCUACUGGUCUCAACUCCAAUAGUCGGCCCAUAGGGAUGUGUCCUUUUUCAAGUACAUUGAUGGAGGAUACAUUAAGUCAUGGUGUCGCGUUACGGAAGGAAGAGGUCAUGAUAUACGUAACAAAGACAUUAUUUAUCCUAGCGUCGUUUUGUAUAUAAGGUUGUCAACCCCGAGAUAUAUCCAUCCAAGAUAAGAACAAGUUUUUCCUUCACUCACUGUACAGCACGAUCA